GACAAUGUCCGCUAGUGUCUUCUUCGUAUUCUCUGGAUUACAUUUAUUGUUCAUUUAUAUCUCAUGAGCACAAAUGCAUCACCAAUAAAGAUUGUAAUGGUGACAACGAGAAAUGUUGCCCGAACAGCUGUGGGUCAACAGUCUGCAAAAAGGUCUACUCGCUAAAGUAA